UCGUCCGCACCGUGAUCCUCCAUUAUUAUUUGAAGUGUUCAGAGAGCUGAGUAAGACUGAAAAAUCGCGUGAACGAAUCUCCAAAUAUGGCGAGUGACAAGAAAGCUGGAAAAUCCUCGAUCAGAGGUGGAAAAUCUAACGAAGAAAUAUUCGCCGGUUUUCAAACUCUGCGUAACGAGCAGAGGGUGAUGGCAAAUAAGCUGUCAGAAAUGGAAAUGGAGAUGAACGAGCAUAAGAUCGUUAUCGACACUUUGAAAAAUGUCGAUCCCUCCCGAAAAUGCUACAGAAUGAUCGGCGGCAUUUUGUGUGAACGUACAGUCCAGGAAAUCACGCCAACGUUAAUAUCCAACAAAGAGCAGUUAGCCAAGGUGAUAGAUGCACUGAACGAGCAGCUCGCAAAGAAGGGGCAUGAAAUAAACGAGUAUAAAGAAAAACACAACAUCAGAAUUCGUGGUCAGGAUGAACUGCAACAACCGGAAGAAGAUGACUCGAAACAAGCCAAGAGAAAUGCAAUAGUUGUUAACCCAAUCGAAGUCUGAUGCUAAUAAUUAUAUUCUGAUCUUAACAUAA